AAAAAGACGUCUAUAUCAACAAGCGGAUAUAGCGCACAAGCUAGCACGUGAAGUCAACCGCGAGCUGAUACUAUUCAUAAUCAACCACAUUAAUUCAGCAUUAAAUCUACAACAAAUAUACAUACGCAAUCACAACAAUUUAGUAUUAAUUCUACACUGUCAUUGUUCGAUCACGUUUUAAAGUAUGGGUUACCAACGUCCUCUAAAGGUGUACGACGACUACAUCCUCCUCAAGGAUUGUGGUGGUGAUCCGGAGUUGGUUAAGCUGUGGAAAGAGGGGCGGAGGAUUGCGGGUAUUCUAGACAAACUACCGUAUAGCUAUACUUUAAAAGAAGCUAAAGGUAAACAAAAGCGAGGCUGUUCUGUAUGUCGUACCUGUGAUUUUGGUGCCUAUUAUGUUACUAAUGGUAAGGUAGAUAGGCCGGAAAACGUUUGCGUGGGCUGCUUUGACAAGUGGGUGGCUAACAAGCCAUGGUACAGUACUUCAGUGUCGUCGUUCGAUAGCGACUCUACGGACUACUACGAGAGUGAAUCAGAUGCAGAAGUAGACGCAGAUGUAGAUGCAGAUGUCCAUUCGGAGGAUGUCCCUGUGGGUGCAAAGGCAAUAUCAGAGGGAAAGGAUGAGAGCAAAGUGGAAGCAGAGGAAACGGACAAGAAAAUAGAGGGUGGGGAGUUGAAUGAAAAGGCAGGGGUUGCGCACGCCGACGAAGUGAUUGCAAACACAGCGGAUAAAGAUGAGAAAGCCAAAGAUAAGGAUGCAGGAACAGGGACAGUGGCUAUUAAUUCAACUACAGAGACUGCGAAACCAGGGGAAUUGGAUGUGAACGCAGUAGGCGGCGAUGGGGAAACGGAGGGGGCUUUGAAGAGCGUCGAUGCCACGGCAGCGCCAGACCUCGAACGGCAACGACUCGCGCCAAAUACACCGGACGACACACCCACUGAGACCUCUGCGGUCAAAGAGAAUGGUCACACGGUUGAAUAAGAACCGGUGUUAGAAGUACAUGGGGUUGUCAUGACAACGUAACUUAGUGCUGUGACAAAAGUAAGAUCACAGCCGGCCCACACUGAAGCCAACUCGACACGGGCACUCACUGCCAUCACCGAAAACGCACGUGUUGAGUUCUUGUGAUCCCCGACACAGUGAUUAUCACUGCCGAGGCCUCGGUGGCGUACGCGCAGUGGGUUCUAAUUAGAACAAUCCCAGCGUCAUCGCUUGGUGCGUGCAACUUGUGCAGAGGUUCUCAACACACUCAAGCAAGUAGUACAGUUGCAGGCGUA